GCGGCGGGCAGAGUGUGUGGCCGCGGGGACAGCACGGGCCCUGAGACACAGCGCAGUCGGGAAGGCGGGCAGGAGCCCUUCCCGCACCGGGACAAGGCCAUCCGCAAACGCACACUGUGUGGACUCCGCUGGGCCGUGGUCCGCAGGCAGCAUGGGAGACUGGAGCGCCCUCGGGAAGCUCCUGGACAAGGUCCAGGCCUACUCCACGGCGGGGGGCAAGGUAUGGCUGUCGGUGCUGUUCAUCUUCCGCAUCCUGCUGCUGGGCACCGCGGUGGAGUCGGCCUGGGGCGACGAGCAGUCGGCCUUCCGCUGCAACACGCAGCAGCCGGGCUGCGAGAACGUGUGCUAUGACAAGUCCUUCCCCAUCUCGCACGUGCGCUUCUGGGUGCUGCAGAUCAUCUUCGUGUCGGUGCCCACGCUGCUGUACCUGGCGCACGUCUUCUACGUGAUGCGCAAGGAGGAGAAGCUGAACAAGAAGGAGGAGGAGCUCAAGGUGGCCCAGACGGACGGCGCCAACGUGGAGAUGCACCUGAAGCAGAUCGAGAUCAAGAAGUUCAAGUACGGCAUCGAGGAGCACGGCAAGGUGAAGAUGCGCGGCGGCCUGCUGCGCACCUACAUCAUCAGCAUCCUCUUCAAGUCCGUGUUCGAGGUGGCCUUCCUGCUCAUCCAGUGGUACAUCUACGGCUUCAGCCUCAGCGCCGUCUACACCUGCAAGCGCGACCCGUGUCCCCACCAGGUGGACUGCUUCCUGUCCCGCCCCACCGAGAAGACCAUCUUCAUCAUCUUCAUGCUGGUGGUGUCCCUGGUCUCGCUGGCCCUCAACAUCAUCGAGCUCUUCUACGUCUUCUUCAAGGGCGUCAAGGACCGCGUCAAGGGCAGGAGUGACCCCUACCACCCCUCCGGCGGCCCCCUGAGCCCCUCCAAGGACUGCGGCUCCCCCAAGUAUGCCUACUUCAACGGCUGCUCCUCGCCCACCGCGCCGCUCUCCCCCAUGUCCCCGCCCGGGUACAAGCUGGUGACCGGCGACAGGAACAACUCCUCCUGCCGCAACUACAACAAGCAGGCCAGCGAGCAGAACUGGGCCAACUACAGCGCAGAGCAGAACCGCAUGGGCCAGGCCGGCAGCACCAUCUCCAACUCCCACGCCCAGCCCUUCGACUUCCCCGACGACACCCAGAAUUCCAAGAAGAUCUCGGCGGGACACGAACUCCAGCCCUUGGCCGUGGUGGAUCAGCGGCCGUCCAGCCGGGCCAGCAGCCGGGCCAGCAGCAGACCCCGGCCCGAUGACCUGGAGAUCUAGUCCCCGCCUGUGAGUGGCGAGGUCCACUCAGUGGUGGUGAAGAAGCGGGUGCUGGGGGGGAGGCACCUGGGUUCUUCUGUUCCAGCGAGGUGGUACUCAGCGGCCCUCCCAGGGGCCUGGGACACAGACUGACGUAGCAUUGUAGGUUCUCUUGGGCAUGGGACAGGCGGGCGGGCGGGCGGGAGGGGCGGGGAGGAGGUACAUGCUGGUAUUCACGUAGUGGGUUCCCAGAACUCUGGCUGUCCUCAGAGUUGCGUAGGUGAGACGUAGGUAAGGGCUUUUCUCCCCCACACACCCCGAGCGCCUGUGUGUGUGAGCGGGUGGCUGAUGGUUGUGGCUGAAUAUGUUUCUUUAGUUUUUGUUUUACCAAGAAACUGAAAUACCUUUGGCCAGGAAUAAACACUUCCUGAACACCUUACUUCUUUCCCACAAGAGAAAGACGAACGAUUGUGCUCGUGUCUCCUCUGAAACAUUCCAUUGCUGUGUGCGCACUUUGGAGGGCGCUGUACGGCCGCCCCUGCAGGAGUCCGAGGACCUGCGUGGCUCCGUUGUUUUUUAUUACUAUUAUUAUUAUUAUUGUUGAUGUCAAUUAAAAGUUCAGACAAGGCCCACAGAGAAAGAUCUGCGGCUCAGUCCGAGCCUGCUGCGUGCCCCCUCGUGCCCGGUCUGCCCACUGCACCGAGCGGCUCUGUGCUUGGACUCACUCAGGCGUCACUUCACGUGUGUCCGAGUCCAUGUCAGGGAAACAAGCCAUGCCUGGUAUUUAACAAUCACGUGUGUGUGCGUGCGCGCGCGUGUGUGUGUGUGCGUGUGUUUUAUUUGUCAUGUAUUGGUACAAAAGGUGCAGCACAGAUUCACAAACACAGAUCUGAAAAUAAUGCACACGGGCGUCUGACCUGAACCUUCUUGGUGGGUUUUGGGGUGUGGGCCACUGGUGUUUACAUUGUAAGAUCCCUGCUGUGCGACCAAGCACACUUCUCCUGAAAUGUUUUCCCUGUGUAUCCUAUUGUGGAUGCUGGUUCUGUUGAUUACAAUUCUUUUCUUUCUUUCUUUUUUUUUUUUUUCUUUUUAGAAUGUAGCAGUAAUGCUAUUACCGAAAUGAAUGAUUUCCUUUUUUCUGAAAUAUAAUCAUUGAUGCUUGAAUGAUAGGAUUUUAGUACUGUAAACAGGCUUUAGUCAUUAACGUGAGAGGAACGCUUAGAGAGAACUCUCAUUCACUGUGCCUACGUGGAUUCGCAGUAGCUGGUGUUUGCGGCUGUAGCCUACUUAUCACACGAGUGCAGAAGGAGUCUUCUGUUUGGAGUCUGACAGUCUUGGGUGGGCAGCGACUUCGAUGUUUGCACUAAGACUUACUUGGGAUCGAGGAGAAGCUGAAUCACGUUUCAGGAGUGCUCAUGGAACUAAUUUAUUGACCUGUAUCCUAAAGACAUCAACCAGUUUUUUCAAGUGCCUUUUCAAAACUUGUCACGAGUGAAUGGUGGCAAUCUGACGCCUCCACUUUCCUCUUGCACAUCACCUGCACAGAACAGUUUGGGACAACGGGAAGUACUAAUGUGUUGACAUUCCAUGUUAAACCACUGCCGUGUUCAGCUUCGCUGCCUGUAACGUAGACCUGGUCCAUCAGAUUGUGUGUUCUGGAGUGUUCUUUAUUCAAUAAAGUUUUAAUUUAGUAGAAA